AUGUUCUUAUCUCUGGGCUUGCUAAUCGUUUGCGGAUGUCUCAAAGUCGGGGCGGACAGUGCUCGUUGGACAUCUGAAGAAGCAAAUGCCUGGUACGCCAAACAACCUUGGUACUUUGGAGCAAACUUUGUACCUUCAUCAGCUGUGAACGUAAUUGAUAUGUGGCAAACGUUUGAUAAAGUUACUAUGGAACGUGAACUUGGCUGGGCUUCGCAGAUCAACAUGAAUAUCAUGCGUGUUUUCCUUCAUGUUCUUUUCUAUCAACAGGAUGCUGAGGAUUAUUUCAGAAAGAUUGAUGAUUUUCUCAGCAUCGCUGAUCGAUAUGAUAUUAAAAUAAUCUUUGUUCUGUUUGAUGAAUGUUGGCGACCUGAUCCCAAACUGGGCCCACAGCCAGAACCUAUACCAGGUCAACAUAAUUCGCAGUGGGUUCGUUGUCCUGGACAAGCCUUACUUUUGGAUCAGAGUAAAUGGAAUCUCUUGAAAAGAUACACCAGCGAUAUACUCUCUCGUUUUUCGCGUGAUUCUCGUGUAAUUAUCUGGGAUUUGUAUAAUGAACCUCAAGGCAGCCAUCAAGUGCCUAUCGUUUUACCUCUUCUGCAUGAGAUCUAUUCUGCUGCUGUUGCUGCUGAUCCUGAUCAGCCGCUAACAUUCGGUAUUGCUGGUCCAUUGGAUGAAACAUUAGCUCAAUUCGAACUAGAAGCAUCCGACAUAAUUUCUUUUCACAAUUAUAGUCCCUUAGCAAAUCUGAUGAUACAAGUUGAUCAACUGCGGCAAUUCAAUCGACCAUUGAUUUGUACUGAAUACAUGGCUCGAACGAUCGGUAGCACCUUUCACACGAACACGAUCUACUUCCAGAAAGAAAAUAUCGGUGCUGUCAACUGGGGACUUGUGGCGGGUAAAACUCAAACAUACUUUCCAUGGGGAUCACCUGUCAAUGCUAGUAUCCCACUUGUGUGGUUUCAUGACAUUUUCAACGCAACUGGAAAACCCUAUUCACCAUAUGAAAUACAGUUUUUCAAGGAUCUAAGAGGAACAAAUUCACAAUCAUUUGUUUCAAAGAAACUGAUGACGCUGUUGUUGUUGUUAUGUUUCUUUUUCUUUGUUGUCUUCACGUAUUUAUCACAAAAAGUACUUACAUGUUAA